CUCGGAGACGUCACUCGCCCGCGACGGUACCGGCUCGCAGGUUCGGGGAAGUGGUCCCUCUCCCGGCGUGGCUUUCUAGAACGGUUCCCUGUCUCCGCAGCCCCUGACCUGGGAGCGACAAGGAAAGCGGCGAGAUGACGGACCGCUACACCAUCCACAGCCAGCUGGAGCACCUGCAGUCCAAGUACAUCGGCACGGGCCACGCCGACACCACCAAGUGGGAAUGGCUGGUGAACCAGCACCGCGACUCCUACUGCUCCUACAUGGGCCACUUCGACCUCCUCAACUACUUCGCCAUCGCGGAGAAUGAGAGCAAAGCGCGAGUCCGCUUCAACCUGAUGGAGAAGAUGCUGCAGCCUUGCGGGCCGCCAGCCGACAAGCCCGAGGAGAACUGAGGCCCUGCCCUGUAAGCGGGGGAGCACCGUGUUCCUCCAGUGUGCCGUCCCUCCCGCUGCCCCUGACCCAAGAGGACCGAUUCUGCAUGCCCCCCGGCGUCUCCUGCUCUCCCUGGGCAGACCUGCCUUCGUGUGGACCCUCGGAACCCAGCGUUGGGGAGACGGGCAGGGCCCCUGCGAACUGGGACCUUGGCGACCCCAAAGCCAGGGAACGUUGGGGGGAGACAGCACUGGACUGUGACGGGAUAGGGAGGCUCGCCUUUAGCUAGUUGAUUGUCGCUGUUGAUUUUUUCCAUAAAGUUGAGAAAAAUGUUCAA